CGAAAUAUCACAGGGGAUAGGGCGGUUUCAUUGGCACUUCUCUCUCUCUCUCCCGCCUCCCAUCCAUAAAGAAAAAAAAAACAGACGCGCGCAUACUUGCAUAUAUUUCUCUCUAGUCUACCUCCGGUGUCUCUCUUCGCCUCUCCGACCUUGCUUUACAGUCCAUCGUCGAUUCCUUCUCCUAAACUAACAAUCCAAGAAGAGCCAACACAUGGACGCUUCGAUUCUACUACACCCGAGUUCUCUCUUCGUCACGCGCCUACGCGCUUCCACCACAGCAUCUGCUGUUUCCCUCGCUCACCAGAUGCCGUGCCUUCUAUUUUCUCCUCCUGGAACGAAACUUGUCUCCUUAUCAUCCGUUUCUUGCCCUCGCAGUUCGUCUUCCUUUGUAGCUGCUGCAAGUAGUGGCACCUUGAUGGCUAAUUCUCCAAAAAGUGGGGUUUAUACAGUUGGUGAUUUUAUGACUAGGAAAGAGGAUUUGCAUGUUGUAAAACCUACAACAACUGUAGAUGAAGCACUUGAGGCUCUUGUGGAACAUAGAAUUACUGGUUUCCCAGUGAUCGAUGAUGACUGGAAACUGGUUGGUCUUGUGUCAGAUUAUGACUUGCUAGCAUUGGACUCCAUAUCAGGUGGUGGAAGGACUGAAACUAACAUGUUUCCUGAAGUUGAAAGCACGUGGAAAACUUUUAAUGAGGUGCAAAGGUUGCUCAGUAAAACCAAUGGGAAGGUCGUUGGUGACUUGAUGACACCAGCACCAGUCGUUGUUCGCGAAACCACCAAUCUUGAGGAUGCUGCAAGAUUAUUACUUGAGACAAAAUAUCGUAGACUUCCAGUUGUUGAUGCUGAUGGCAAGCUGGUUGGAAUUAUCACAAGAGGAAAUGUUGUAAGAGCUGCUCUACAUAUAAAACAUGACAUUGAAAGGAAAGCAUAGUAUCCCCGUAUUUAUUCAAGAAAAAAAUGCAGCAGUCGACAUGGCAAGCUGGGCCUGGGAUUAAUGUUAAGCGAGGUGUUUCGAGCUAAGGAAAAAAAAAGGUUGGAAGAGCUUAGCUGCUUCAUACAUACAAUUUCGGCUCAUGUUUGUAUCGCAUCAUUUUUCGACUGUUCCCAGUGUAGUACUGGUAGUUAUAAUUACAAGGAUCAGUGACUGGGAACCAAUAAUUCUUGUUGGCCCCUCUGUUCUACCCCAUCCAUGAUGUGAAUUAUUCCCCUUAAAAUGAGAGGGACAGAAACCGAAACCAGAUAAUCAAAAUGUUACAUGGAUAUACCCUUUACCUGUA